AUGAAGCAUAGAAAAUUGAAUGUUGGAAUAAUAGGCUGCGGUCCAAGUGGUCUCGUUACACUUAAAGAAUUAAAAGAUGAAGGACAUGAUGGUACUGUAUUUGAAAAAUCCAGCGUUAUUGGAGGUAUAUUUACCACCUUUUAUCAAGAAGGCUAUAUGGUUAGCAGUAACUUGGUAACAAUGUUUAGUGAUUUUAUUGGUGGUGAAGAAGAUGAACUAUUAAAAAAACCGCGGAUGCUUAGUUUCGUAGAAUAUUCAAAAUAUUUAAAUGAUUAUGCUGAACAUUUUAAUUUGAAAUCUUCUAUUAAAUUUGACAGUUUAGUAGAAUCAGUAUGGAAAGAUAUACCAACUGGUAAAUGGAAAAUAAGAGUAAAAUCAAUUCUAGACGAGCACGAAACAGUACAUCUAUUUGAUCGUAUAGCAAUAAGUUCUGGUACACAUCAGAAAAGAUCAAUGCCAAAUUUUACUGGCCAAGAUCGUUAUCAGGGUAAAAUUAAACAUUUACAGGAUAUAAAAAGAUUUGAUGAUUUUUCCGGUAAACGCGUUUGUAUUGUUGGAAGUGGCGAAGGUGCAUCCGAUAUGGCAGUAGCAGCAGCUAAAUAUAGUAAAGCAGCAUUUAUAUCAAUUCGAAAAGAUCAUGGUUUUAUUAUCCCUCGAUAUGCACCUCCUGAUUAUGACCCGGCUGAUCUUAAUACAUCUCGUGCGUUUUGGUCACUACCACGUUGUUUUGGUCAAUUUUAUACAUAUUUGCUGCUUUUCUUUGGUUUCGUAGAAUAUUAUUUUAAGGGUACACGUAAUAUUCAAGAGAAAGUACACAAGGAAAGUUUGUAUAUGAACUGGAAACAAACGAAAACAAGUAAUAUAAUGAAUACAUAUGGAACAAAGAGUGCUGGAUUAGUUGAAGCUUUAGUUGAAUACAAUGGUAAACGUAAACCAGGUAUAAGAGAAUUAACUGAAAAAACAAUUAUAUUCAAUGAUGGAACACAAGAAGAAGUUGAUGAAAUUAUAUGUUGUACCGCAUUCAUAAAUCAAUUUCCUUUUCUAGAAAUAGCGGACAAACAAGCUGAUCCUAAUCACUCUAAAUUAGUUCGUCAAAUUGCUGAAGAUGCACGUAUAUCACAUGAUUUGUAUAAACAUUGUGUUCAUCCAGAUAUUGGUGAUGAAUUAUUUUUUAUUGGUUUUGUUCGCCCAUGUUUUGGUGCGAUACCGCCAUUAAGUGAAAUGCAAGCAAGAUGGUAUGCAUUACUAUGUUCACAAAAAUUACAAUUACCAGAUAAAGAAACAAUGAUACAAGAAAGUAAAAUAUAUGUUAAAUAUUUAGAAUGGCAAUUAACACCAUAUAGAACAAAUCGUAUUGUUAAUUUAACGGAUUUUCUUAUUUAUUCAGAUGAUUUAGCACGUACAAUUGGUUGUAGACCAAAUCUAUUGAAGAUGUUUUUUACUGAACCGUAUCUAUCGUUAAAAUGUAUAUGUGGUCCAAUAAUGAGCGUACAUUAUCGUUUAACUGGUCCUAAUAGCCAACCUGUUCAAGCUCGUCGUAUAAUUAAACGGGUUAAAUGGAUUAAACAUAGUAAUUUCUUUUGUCUUGGCUUGUCAUUAUCUCAUGGAAUAUUUUGGUUUUGUGGUAUUCAAGCAUGCAAACCAGCUGCGUGGUAUCGUAUUUCGAUUUAA